UUCGCUUCAUGUUAUUCAAGUGGCUAGAUCAUUAUUUGGCAAAAAGAAGGGGAGGAGAAGGCUCGGCAGUAGAAUUUGGGUUGCCUGCGCCCUGCAAACGGAGGCUGGCUGAGGGGAGAGCGGGAGAUGAAAUUAGCAACAUUGGUUGCAAAAGCUUAAUAAUAUAGCGGGACUGUGGUGUGCCACCUGCACGGCGUGGUGUGAAACGGCCCUGCAUGCACAGCAGCCUGCAUGGUGGAGUGAGGAGACCAGUCUUUCUCCUGCUGUCGCUCGCUCACUGGAUUGGGUAACAUAGAUUUUUUUACCCUAGUCCGGCAGCUUGGCUGCUCACCUAAAUACAGAUGAAUGAAGACCCCAUUCGGGAAGACAGCGGGCCAGAGAUCCAGAGCUGAUGCAGGGCACGCAGGUGUUUCUGCAGGUAUGAUGAAGAAAACAAAGAAUUCCCACAAGAAGCACAAGACUAAUGUGGGGCCCAGCAAGCCCGUGUCGCAGCCCCGGCGGAACAUCGUGGGCUGCAGGAUACAGCACAACUGGAAGGAGGGCGGAGGUGCGGCCACGCAGUGGAAAGGCACGGUCCUGGACCAGGUCCCCGUCAACCCCUCGCUCUACCUGAUCAAGUACGACGGCUUCGACUGCGUCUACGGGCUGGAGCUCCACAAAGACGAGCGGGUGCAAGGCCUUGAGGUCUUACCUGACCGAAUCGCCUCUUCUAGGAUCAGCGACGCCCACCUGGCAGACACCAUGAUAGGCAAGGCCGUGGAACACAUGUUUGAGACGGAGGACGGGUCCAAGGACGAGUGGAGGGGGAUGGUCCUGGCACGCGCUCCCAUCAUGAACACGUGGUUUUAUAUCACCUAUGAAAAGGAUCCUGUUUUGUACAUGUAUCAGCUCCUGGACGACUACAAAGAGGGCGACCUUCGAAUAAUGCCCGAUUCAAAUGACUCGCCACCAGCGGAACGUGAGCCAGGGGAGGUAGUGGACAGCCUGGUGGGCAAACAGGUGGAGUAUGCCAAAGAAGAUGGUUCCAAAAGAACUGGGAUGGUCAUCCAUCAGGUCGAGGCCAAACCAUCUGUGUAUUUCAUCAAGUUUGACGACGACUUCCAUAUCUACGUCUACGAUUUGGUAAAAACCUCCUAGGCUCUCAACUGAAGCCUGUGGUUUCCUGGAGCCCAAGGACACCACGAGUACAGGGUGCUUGUUGGUUAUUUCCAGAAGAAGGGAGAGCUCUGCACACCUUAAUAGUACACACAUUUUGCAAGAAGAAUGACCCAGAAGAUGCACUUCUAAAGAUUGUGACCCCCAAGCAAAGUGAAACUUCAAUGAAUUUAUCACAUCUUCCACCGGAAAAUGAAAUUGAUUUUUAAAGUAUUUUAAGAUGAAGGCUUAUGCACACUGCAAAGUAGUCCCAUGCAUCAUGUUGGGCAUGCAAAGCCUUUGGAGAACACAUCUGUUUUUGAAAAAUUGAAAAUGCAAAUAAGUCACUUUUGAUUUUAAAAACACCUUUUAGAAACUUGUAUGUGUUUUAUUUUUGUAGAGGGACGAGCACAUUUAUUUGUUUACUUAUGCUGAAGCAACUGACAGAAUUCAUGAUAGAUGCUUGUCUAAGGCAGUUCGAUCUUUAGCACUAAUUUUCUGUUGAGGUCAUGAUAUUUUUUGUUUGUUUUCAUUUGGAGAUAUUAAUAUUAUUUUCAUGUAUUUCAAUAUGAUAUACAAAAUAGAACUUCAGCACUGUCUAAAAUAAUAUUUUGUUUUUAUGAUUGAAUCCUGUGGCAUUUGUUUAAUAAUUAUCGCAAAAUCCAUCUACCAGUUUGAGCUGCUUAUUAUUAUUAUUAUUAUUAUUAUUAUUAUUAUUCUUCACAUUUUUAUCCAGAACAUUACAAGAGUGAACUUUGAGUAGACACUUCUCUUCAUAAGCCUUCUGUUUCAUAUUUGUAUAACCUCCUGAGGUAUUUGGCCUUUAAAUUUCUGUUGGUUCUCCAUGUUCUCGGUUGAGGUCAGCAAUGAGCAUUUUUUGCUAAUUGUCACCAUAUGCUCCUGGUUACUAAGCUGCAUGACUGAAAGAUUAUCUUCUUUCUUUUAAGCAGCUCUGUGAAGUGCAGUCUUCAGAAUUAUAAACAAAAACUUGCAAUGUUUUUCCACCCUUGUUCUUUGUUCUCGUAUGACCGUUCUAGUAUGCAGUGUGGCAAACUAGGCCUGUUUGUUUUGAAGGAAAUCUGACAAGCCUUGACAAUUACUUUGCCUUUUUGUUUCUGUUCUGCCUCUCAAUUGUUUGUAUUUAAAUUUGAGCCUUAGAGCUUGUGCCUCAUUACACUAUUGGAUGGUAUUCAAUAUUAGAUGACAGCAAUACAUUUUCUGUGCAUUCCCCUUGCAACAAAAUUGUCUGCAACCAAAAUGGGUGACCGGAGGCUUUUUUGGAAUGUUACAGUUGCUUUCAAUGUAUCAUAAAACAGAUACAAAUGUGUAUUCGUGAUUGUAACUGACAGUGUUCCUGUGAAUUCAACUUCCACUUGCCUCAUUUUUUUAUUUAUUUUUACGUUUCCUCAGUGAUGCAAAAAUAAAAAGUGUUUCUGUACAAAUCUGUAUCCUGAGCCUCAUAAGAUGGUGGACGCUCCCCAACAGUUUCACAGUAGUCUGUAUCAGUAACAGCUAAAGUAUCAAGUUUGAGAGUGUUAUAUAUAAUAUUACCAAACAUUUUGUUUUCUUUCUUGAGUGGAAGGGGGGCCCUUAUAGUCUCCAACUGAGCCAAACCCCCAUUUGCUGCAGUAUGUAUUAAAAAUCAUGAUCCUCUUAAAAUACUAUUGCAAGCUCUACCUGUUCUUCAAAAGAAGAAUAUUAGGUAAUGCAGUUGUGACUCCCUGUAAUUGUUUGAAUAAUCUGUAUUACUGGUAGUUUGCAGCUGGUCGCUUUUACGUUGACUUCUGUUGUGUGCAUACUUCCUGUUAAGCGGAUGUCACAAAUUUCCAAAGCACAUGCAGUUAUCAAGUUUUGGUGGCAGUACUUAUUUAUUUAUUCCUUCGACAGAAAGCUGUCCUACCUACCUAUCUUUUUGAGGUUCGUGAUUCAGAGCUUUACUAAAUGCACUCAUCUCACCCUUGUAACUAAAUGCAAGUGCCCCAUUACACAGGGUUUCCGUCUUACUCUCAACCUUGGAGCCUUGCAGUCAUGCAAGACACCUCAAGAAAAGACAUGUGUAAGAGUUAUUGGCCUUUCACAUUUACCUACUGUGGUAUUGUACUGUGUUUGAUGUUGGUUCCAUGUUGGACGUUUUAUAAAACAGCAGACCGUUCUGUUUUGCAUGCGUAGUAAAGAUACAACAGUUAAUGUAAGUUAGUGCGAGUUGCAUGUGAAUCUGUCUUUUGUUUUAUUUUGGGGGAUUUUUUUUCCUAAAAGAAAAAAAAAAAGAUUUCUUCUUGUGUAUGCUAUUUGUCAAGUUACUUUAUUUUUUUUGUUUGCCUUUCUUAAAAAAAACAACAAAAAAAAACAAAAACUUUUUUAUUUUAUUUUUAUAUUAUGCUCAAUAGGAUCAAACACACUGGUUUUGCAAGUGGAGUGCCAACUAAAGGGCAGAUUACCAGUGUUACACAGCAUUUGAGGGAUCAUAUCUUUUACAAAGAAUAUUGCUGUUCUUUGAAAAGACUAAAUAUUUUCUACAUAUGUAUGUUUUGAGUGCCACAGCUAACAGUAUAUACACCUAUGGAAAACAGCCUUAUGUGAUUGUGGGAAAUAUUUCUGUGUAUUGGAGGUAUGUGUUUGCGUGUGUGCGUGUGUGUGCGCACGUGCGUGUGUGUGUGUGCUUGGGUGUUAUAGUUGCUAGUUCCAUAUCAGAAUAGAUAAUGUACAUUUAAGUAGGGGGGAAAAAAAAAGAUAUUCUUUUUUUUAUUCCUCAAAGUUACAUAAUGAAUUGAGGAGAAUUUAAAAAUGGAAAAUAUGGUCCCUUUAAGAUGCUGUUGCUCUUUUUUUAUUUUGUAUAAUACUGUGCAAUUUGAUGGUUACAGAUUUAUGUAUAGUUAAAGUCUUCAUGUUCUCUUUUGCGUCUCAGUAAAUUGCUUCAGUUGGACCGCUUGUUCAUUGUUUUGGAACAAUGUAGAUAGUUCAUGUUAUUUGCUUUUAGAAAUAUAAACACACUUUAAACCUGUUACUUAAUUCUGUAAGUAAUUUUUAUAAUUAUUAUGUAAGUCUAUCCUUAUAACAUUUAAAAAAUAAAAAACUUAAUGUGAAAUUA